UUUAUACGUGAAAAAAAAACAAAAACCGUUUAAUGUAUUUAUUCAUUGCACUCGCUACGUUAUGUUGGUUUGAGCCAACAUUUAUUACAUGUGUGUAUGUGUUAUCGUUGGAAAGUGCGUUAUAACCAAAACAAAGGUGCAAUAAGUGUUUUGUUUAGGACACUCGCCGCGCGUCGAGUAUAUUGACGUGUUUUCGCUAGUAUUUAAGUUAGUGUGUGUUGUUACUCUACAGAUGAUACGCUUUGGGGAUUAGCAUAAUUUAUGAAUACAUACGGGCAAGCGACAGCGUGUAUAUGACGCAGAAAGUUUUCCCAAUUUUCUAAUAAAUAAGAGUACUAAAUGUUCUGACGCUCCUGUGAAAAACCAAUUGUGGUAUACGUUUUGAGGAUUAGCAUAAUUUAUGAAUACAUGCGGGCAAGCGACAGCGUGUAUAUAUGACGCAAAAAGUUUUCCCAAUUUUCUAAAAAUAAAGUGUAAUAAAUGUUCUGACACUACUGUGAAAUACCAAUUGUGGAAUUGUGACCCUAUAAAGGAUGGUACCAGCGGACGCAGGAGCCAACUCAAAACUGCUGCUCAUGCUGGAAUGUGACCUCUGUAAAGAGAACUACGACCAGGCAGACCGACUGCCCCGCCAGCUGCCAUGUCAACACACUUACUGCACGUGCUGUCUGUCAAGAAUGUUGGCGGGAUCCACCCUGUGUUGUCCGACAUGCCGUAGGCAACAUACGACAGACGGAGCCGAUGUAACGAGUAUCCCCAAGUCGCGGUUGCACUGUGAGCUACUUGAAGUGUUAAUCAAAGGUAUGAGUACGAAUUCAAAUGCACCGCCAAUGUGCGCGUUUUGUGACGAGGAGCACGUGGUAUCAUUCUGUGACUCGUGCACAAAGUCGAUGUGUGACACGUGCUUGGCGGCGCAUAAGAAACAGAAAGACACGAGAAAGCACAAAGUCCGCGAUGUACAUGUAGACACUGAUAGCAAAACUUCGGCCAGUGGUUCUGAGCGAGCCUUGCCUUUAACCAACAAGACUGCGAGCAAAAACGGUAGUCUCGAUGCCAAGGUCAGAGUAUAUGCGAAAUGCAGGCAGCCAGGUCAUGAGACGCGAGAUGUUGUUCAGUUCUGCCAGGGAUGCCGGACUGUGGUGUGUAGUAACUGCCUUGUCGAGCAACACCACGGUCAUUCGUGUAUGAACCUGACUAAAGCUUUACAGUCAUGCGAAGAUAAAGUAAACGAAGAAUUAGAACGAAUUCACGACGGUUCAGAGGGUAACAGUAUUAGACAUGUGUGCGAUAACGUCGCCAAAGACCGUAGUAGCAUUAUCGAAUUCCUCGGAAAACGUCUUCAACAACUAUAUUCUUCAUACAUUGAUGUACUCGGCGAAGCCAAAGACAACCAACUUGAGCAACUGAAACAAUACUCAGAUACAAUUACUCGAGAGUUGAAUGAAAUUAAGGUUCAAGUUGAUUCAAUCAUUUCGCGUCUGAAGGCGUGGAGUCACCCGGCCGAUGGCCCGACACGUGUCGACCUCGCAGAGAGGAUCCAGGCUGGUUUUACACUGAUACGGGAACUGGAAGAUCUGGAAGCGCGCCUGGCGGGGGUCCGGGACCGGCACGUGAGCUACACACAGGCAUGCACCACGGAGGACUUCGGGUUAAUUGUAGGAGCCCUAGGAACCGUUGACACGUAUACACCUGAGUUUACCGAAUCUCCAUCAACGUUGAGUCCAACCCACCUGAGGCCAGAGCUGCGGGGAGAAGAAUCUCAUAUUUACAUGGACGGAUCGAUGUUGAUGAAUGCCUUUCAAUCUUUGACCCUACAUUGUCAGCCAGAAUCAAGCCUUGCCUCGGCAAAUAUCAACACGGGUUCCGGUGUCAACAGUAGUAGUGUCACAUACAAGAAAGUUACAAUGGCAGACACCCUCAGAGCAACUUCAGUCAGAGAUGGGAAAGCGAACGCGCUACCUGUAUCAGACAAAGAAACAAACUACCCGAGCAUUGAACAGCAUGGCCAUGAUAUCACCUACUCCACUCGCAAUACUGACCAUAUGAUUUCAGACAAUAAUACUCAUGACGCGCUCAAAGGGUCUGCCAAAAUGGCGGCUGCGUUAAAUACUCAAUGGGCGCAAAAUACUCUCACUAAAAGUGCACCCAUGAUGAAUACUCUAGGAACACAAGAUGGGCUCUCAAAAAUGACGGCAAAUUUGACGAAGAGUCUUCCUCCCGCCAUGCGCCAAGCUCUGGCAUCUGUGCACAUCAUCAACACUGCAAGAGCGAGGCUAGCGCUUAGGAACCUUGAGUGCUCUUGGUGUAUUGAGGGUGGUUACGUCGAGGUGUCUAGUAGCAGCGAUGACGGAGCGAGGAGAUGCGUGGAGACUUUGGAGAAGUCCGUCGAGCAGCGCGUGGUGAAGUUUAGGAAGGAGUCCAGGAAUGUCGUGGAGUCUGAUAAGUUUAUAGCCUUCCGCGAGAUGGUGACUCGUCGCUUCUAUGACAUGGCGUGGCUGAGCGCUGCAGCCGACAAAGACGAGAUCCUCGUGUGUGCCACGUGCACUCCAGUGCUUGACGACGUCAUAGGAAUGGUGCGUAGAUUCCUCGCGGACAACGUCGUCAAAACGGUCCGUUUGACGUACCCGGACAAUGUGGUUACCUUUGCAGCGAAACGCGUGAAGUCCCUGAGCAAGAUCAAGACUUCCCUCUCGCAAUUCGCAGUGGGGAUAGAGGUUCGGGGCUCGAGCCUUGAGGUACAAGGUGUCGGCGUCGGUGUGGCGUUGGCGUGUCGCCAGGUUGCGCGCCUGAUGCGCAAGAUUGCUUCGCGUUUGGGUGGUGGUCAGGACAGGUUCGACUCGGAUGAUGAGGACGAUAGCGAGGACGAAACAAGAUUCGAUGACAAAGAAAUUGCCCUUUCAAAGGAAGAACCAAUUAGUUUAUCGAUGCAUUUGUUAUCGAAAACGACCGAAAUCGUCGUCAACGCGGUCUGUUUUACCGGGGAUGACGUCAUUAUUUACGUCAUCACAGGGGACAUAAUCGCCUUGCCCGUGGAAGCGGUGGUCAGUCCAGCAGACGAGAAACUAAAACACACCGGUGGCCUUUCCAAGGCCCUGGUAAAGGCGGGUGGUCCAAUCAUUCAGGAUGAGUGUACGAGCCACGUGCAUCAGCAUGGUGACCUACAUCCGGGUGACGUCUUCUGCUCGGGAGCCGGAAGUUUGCCAUUCGCUGCCAUCAUGCACGCCGUCUCAUGCAAGUGGAGUCAGGGACCGGAAAUAGCGAGGGCUAAUCUCACAUCUGCUGUAACCGGUGCGCUAGCGGAAGCGUCUUCAAAGGGACUAUCGUCUGUUGCAGUGCCGGCUCUUGGGACCGGAGCUUACAAAGUUCCGGUGCAGGUCUCAGCAGAAGUCACGGUACAGUCGGUUCAGGCGUUCCUCAUCCGCGAGCCGCAUGGCGUCGUCAGAGAGAUAUUUCUGUGUGACGUCAUACCGGACACCGCCCAAUAUUUUAUUGCGGCGCUACAAACAGCGUAUACAGAAGAGGACAUUUUGACUUCCGGAAGUGCCAAUACACCUCUUCCGCCGCAGCGUCAGCAACAUGCCAAAGAUCCACGGACUCUGUUUAUGAUGUGAACAGAAAACAUGACUAUUUUUUUCAGAUGUUAUGACGAUAACAAUUUAAGGUGAACUUUAAAGUUACAAGCAUGUUUGUUAUAUAAUAAAUUAUGAGAUCCGUUUAA